AGAAGUCGUUGAUGUUGCUGCCACCCGGUCACUGAGGGUCAACUUCAUGCCUCUAUAUCUUGUUCAUCUCAACAAAAGAAUUCUACUAAGUGCCAUCAUCCAGUACAAUGAAAUUGUUGUAAGUGGCAGAUAUACUGCAGAAACUGUGAAAGCAAUGUGGUAAUGAUGACUACAUUGUGGUUAAUUCAUCAUGAAUGUCCAGACUUGAAGCUCACCUCAAUAUUUGACAAUUACAACUACAUCCUCAAGAACCAGUGAAUAUUACUUUAUUUACUAUAAUACUGUACAUAUAUUAAUAUAGUAUUGUACAUGUAUUAUCAACAUUUGGUUAGUGUCUUUAUAAGAAGCAAGUAUAAAGUCUUAAUAAAAUAUCAAGUUAUUUUGUAAUAUUCUUGUAUACUUAAAUAAUCAGUUAAGUUUUUUAACCAUUAUAGCAAAAGUAAUAAAGUAAUAAAGCCUUCAUAGAGCUGUAAGGCUUUGGAAAAUUAUUGUAAUGUAUUAUUUCCAUUACUUUCUCUUCAGGUAAUGAUUGUGAGCAGAAUAUUGUAAUAUAUAAUAUAUAUUACACUCUCUACUUCAAAUAUUUUAUCUUCACACAUUCCUUCCAUGUCUUUAAUAUUUGGUAGAUGUCAUUAUUAACUUACUGGCAUCAAACAAAAUAUUUUUUUAAUAAUCUUUUAUUUUCCUGCUUAUAUUUCAGUACUGUCUUUUAGUAUCAUACCAUUAUCUUACUACGUGGUUACAGAAAUGUUCUGUUCUUAACACUUAAUCAACAAACAGCUAAAAAAAACAUGGCCCAAAAUUUUUAACGUAAACACAGGGUAAAAAGUUAGUUCUUCCUAUCAUGCCCUGUAUGGCGGAAUUCUCUUCAUACCACACACACUGUGCUGAUCCAUUCUCUUAUGUCUAGCACAAAAUUUGAUGCUAUAUUGAUGAUAUACUAAUAUAUUAUGCAGUGUUUAUGAAUGAGUGUUGUUGUUUAUUAAUUUGUUGUUGUGUAUUUAUUUUUAUAUAAGGUCUUUGCAUACUAAAACACUUUCUGUGCUUCAUACACAGUGUAAGUGCAGAAAUAAUAUUUAAUGUAUAAUUAAAUUAUAUUCUUUGAGAUUUUUUAAAUGUUUUUUCCUUAAAUAUUAGUAGUUUCUACAAUAAACAACAGGUAAUAAUUAGAUAUUAUAUGAUUACAAUAUGUUUAAACUAUUUCCACAAUACAGUGGUACCUCAGGAUACGAACAGCUCAAAAGUCAAAUUAUUAUGUAAGUGUAUUUAUGUAAGUGCUUUUGUAAGUGUAUUUUUGGGGGUCUGAAACGGAUUAGUCUAAUUUACAUUAUUCCUUAUGGGAACAAAUUCAUUCGGUAUUGGCACUCGAACAGCCUUCUGGAACGAAUUAAGUUCGUAACUCAAGAUACCACUGUAUUCUCUUAUAGAAAUUUCAAGAGAUGUAAUGUGCAGUAGUUCAGAGACCAAAAAAAAAAAAUGAUAUCAAUACUCAUUAUCUUCGUGAUUUCUUAGAUAAGUAACAAGAUGCGGUGCAAGAAAGGUCCUUUAAAAAAAACACAUCAGUGUUCAGAAUGUUUAAAACAGUUUUCACAAAAACCAUAUUUAAUAAUUCACAUGAGAGUUCAUACGGGAGAAAAACCUUAUCAGUGCUCACAGUGCCCAAAAAAUUUUUCACAAAAUUCACAUCUAAUCCAACACACAAAAACUCAUACAGGAGAAAAACCAUAUCAUUGUUCAGAAUGUUUGAAAGAGUUUUCACAAAAAUCUAAUUUAGUAACACACAUGAGAAUACAUUCACAGGAAAAGCCAUAUCAAUGUUCAGAAUGUCAAAAAAACUUUUCACAAAAAUCAAAUCUAGCACAACACAUGAGUGUUCAUUCACAUGAAAAACCAUAUCAGUGUUCAGAAUGUUUCAAAGAUUUAUCAUGUAAAUCAAGUUUAAUAAAACACAUGAGAAUUCAUUCACAAGAAAAACCAUUUCAGUGUUCAGAAUGUUUAAAAGAUUUUUCAUUUAAAUCAAGUUUAAUAAAACACAUGAGAGUUCAUUCACAAGAAAAACCAUUUCGGUGUUCAGAAUGUUCAAAAGAUUUUUCAUGUAAAUCAAAUCUAAUAAAACACAUAAGAGUUCAUUCACAAGAAAAACCAUUUCAGUGUUCAGUGUGUUUAAAAAACUUUUCACAAAAAUCAGGUCUAAUACAACACACGAGAACUCAUUCGCAAGAAAAACCAUAUCAGUGUUCCGAGUGUUCAAAAGAUUUUUCAUAUCAAUCAGCUCUUAUUCAACACGUGAGAAUUCAUUCACAUGUAAAACCAUAUAGGUGUUCAGAAUGUCUAAAAGAAUUUAGACAAAAAUCACAUCUAACAAAACACAUGAAGGUUCAUUCUCAAGAAAAACUAUAUCAGUAUUCAGAGUGUUUAGAAGACAUUUUAUGUAAACCAGAUCUAAUGAACCACAUGACAGUUCAUUCAUUAGAAAAACCACAUCAGUGUUCGGAGUGUUCAAGAAACUUUUCACAGAAAUCAAGUCUGAUACGACACAAGAGAGUUCAUUCACAAGAAAAACCAUUUCAUUGUUCAGAGUGUUUAAAAACCUUUCGACAUAAAUCAACUCUAGUACAUCACAUGAGACUUCAUUCACAAGAAAAACCGUUUCAGUGUUCGGAGUGCUUAAAAGACUUUAGAGCAAAAUCAGGUCUUCAACUUCACAUGAGGGUUCAUUCACAAGAAAAACCAUAUCAGUGUUCGGAAUGUUUAAAAACCUUUGGACAUAAAUCAAAUCUAAAACAACACAUGAUAGUUCAUUCACAAGAAAAACCAUAUCAGUGUUCAGAGUGUUUAAAAAACUUUAAGCAAAAACCAACUCUCAUGCAACACAUGAUAAUUCAUUCACAAGAAAAACCGUAUAAAUGUUCAGAGUGCUUAAAAAAGUAUAAACUAAAAAAAUAUCUAGCACGACACAUGAAAGUUCAUUCAGUAAAGAAUCUCCUUCAUGAAGGGUCACCUUUAUGUUGAUAAUACAG